AUGCAAUGGCUGAAACGUGGAAGGGCCAAUGAUUCACUGACAGGGCAAGGUGCAAUCAUGGGCUCCAAAACCAAAAAAGUCCUAGACUACUCCUGCGCAAACAAAUUAUGUCGUAUCUGUGAAAGUGGAAGGUCAAAAGGUAAAGAUCCUGCUUAUCAUGACUGCCGUCAAAAUCACAAAGGUUCAUCAAAAUCAAUGGAACCUGAAGUGGGAGUUAGCCUAUUCAAUGAUGCUCCUAAUUAUGAGGUAAAGUACUCUGUGUUCAUUGGAGAUGAUGACAGUUCCACAACUGCUAAAAUUCAUGAAGAAGUGGGUUACAAUGUGGAAAAAUGGUCUGACAGCAGUCAUGCAACAAGAACACUUGUAAGCCACCUCCACAAGAUCAAGUCUGAGAAAAACAGUUUGCCUGGAGAAUCUGUUUUCUCACAGAAAGUUAUAGAUUAUUUUCAAAAAUGUUUUAGCUAUUGUUUAACCCAAAACAAAGGGGAUCAAGAAAAAAUGAGAAAGUCGUUAAUUGCUAUUGUGCCUCAUGCAUUUGGAGAACACAAAACAUGUGAAGAAAACAGGUUGAGCUGGUGCAAGUGGCUCCAAAAUCCAGACACUUAUUCCCACAAGGACCUCUCAAAUGGCAAAGACUUAACGGGGGAACACCUGAAGAAGAACCUAACUAGUUUGUUUAGCAUAUACUCCAGUUACAUUGUUAUUAACAAACUUGUUGAAAAUGCUUCCUCGAUCUCAGAGCAAUGAAAGUUUGCACAGCACAGUUGGUUCCAAAGUUCCUAAAAUAAGGUUUUAUGGAGGAAGUGAAAGUGCAGAUCAAAGAAUUGCUGCUGCUGUUGCUCAGACAAACCUGGGGAAACAAUACCUAGUGGACACUUUAUACCGUGCUGAUAUAGAACCUGGUCAAAUUACUGAACAAAAAACAGCAAUGAUUGACUAUGAGCGAGAUGCAGGACAGAAAAGGAAGUCAAGUGUUGAAUUUAAAAAACAACGUAGGCUGAAUUAUUUGAAAAGGAAAUCGAGAAACAAAUCUGCAUCAAAUCGAGAGGGAAUCAGCUACAAAAGUGGCAUUACACUAACCCUUGACCCUGAUCUAUUACAAAAAGCAGUUGUCACACCACGAGAAUAAUUAAAAGAAUUCGAAAAAUAUGUACCAACUUUCAGCGAACGACCUUCUAAGAAGUAUAUAACAUGUCCUGACGACGAAAACAGUGUUAAAAGCUUUAGCUUUGUAAUAUUUGACACGGAAACGAGCUGUGGAGGCAAACAAGCUGAAAUCAUUAGCGUAAAAACUUGCAAGAGGGGACAGGCUGCACAUCUUCACCGGCGUGAAACCUUUGAAACCUUUUACAUAUUGCUCCAUUGAGGAGACCUCCUUCAGGGGAUCUUACAGUUUAAAAUUUGAACGAUGAUAUCGCUUCUAUAUAGCGGACCAAGAUACGGUUCGGUACAGUUUAUGUUCAGCAAGGGAAAAUUGUGUAAGUGGAGCAGAACCUUUUAAAUGUUCAACAGACAAUUUAUUCAGUUCGCGCGUAUUCCUGUUGAAUUUGUAGCCCGUUUAUGGGAUAUGUCUACUCAAAAAUAUAAUAAUUUUUCCAUAGCUGCUGUUAUGUGAGAGUAACUGCUUUUAAUUUCUCCGUAAAGUUUAGGUUUACGCGAUCUCAGAGAACAAUGUUUAGCUGUACACAGCGGCCGAGACAAAGGAAGGAAGGUCAUUUUCCACAUUUACAACGCCGAAAAAAGAAAUUUCCCCUCAUGCUUCUCGUGUUAACAAGUUCAAAAUAUCUUGGGUUGGAGGGAAGAAGUGUCUUUACCGUAGAGGCAACAUUUUGCAAACAGUUCCUUUUCGAGAAUGUCUUCGAUCAUUUGUUGAUUUCCUUGAGGAUUCAAAGGGUUCUUGUGACAAAAUCGUUCUCAUUGGCCACAACUCUGCAUCUUUCGAUACACAUAUCCUGUUAAGAACAAUUCAAGAGUACUCACCAGAGCUUCUUCAUACAAUGAAGGAAUUAAAUAUCCAUUUUGCUGAUAGUCUUAUCCUGUUCCGCAACUUGAUAAAAGAAAAACACGCGGGACUCAAACAAGAUGACGGAUCGUUCGUAAAAAUAAAAUCAAGAAGCGCUUUACAAACACCUGUUCGGAACUGA